GUGGGAUUAGUAAGUAAACAAAUUAAUUAAUAACCAAAAGUUAUAAUUUCAAUUGAAUUUAGUCAUGGCUGCAUCACCAAAGUCUCUCUUGUCUCUAAUUCUUCUUCUCUUGGUGGUUGUGGCACAUGGGACACAAAUAGCAAUGGCACAGAGCAGCACCUGCACAACCCAGCUGAGUGAGCUCAAUGUUUGUGCACCAUUUGUAGUGCCUGGUGUCAACACAAACCCUAGUUCUAGAUGCUGCAAUGCACUUCAAGCUGUAGACCGUGACUGCCUCUGCAGCACCAUUAGGAUCGCUUCUCAACUCCCUUCUCAGUGCCAAAUUCCAUCCCUCGGUUGCAGUGCAAAUUAGAGCAGAUUAAGCGGAUGAUACGAGAAUAAUGCUGAAACCCAUACAUACUCUGUGGUU